CGUGACCCGCCGCUGCCUGAAGCGCGUGUCCGCCAGUGACGUUUGGAAACAGAUUCAGGAACCCUCAUCUAAAAAUAUAUGCGGUAUUAAACGCGAAUAACGUCCUCUCUCACAUGAUAAACGGAUAGGAGAGAAGAUCAUGGGUUUACAGGUCUGGUCAGUCACCAGUGACUUCAGAGUUGACUGGACUGGAUCAAGACCUCAUCCACAUUGUGCUAAAGGUGUUUAUAUGUGAUUGUGAGGUCGCUGCGUUCGUGAAUUAUGAUUGACAGUCAUAAUGACUACAGCAUACGUGGGCCAUCUGUUCCUCAUGUCUCUCUACAUCACAGCGCUCCACACAAUCCCUGCUCCCGCCAACGUCACAAUAGUGUCUCACAACUUCAGGCACAUCUUACAGUGGAGUCCUGGGAUAAAUUCUCCUCCACGGACGGUGUUCAAUUUUAGAAAAAGAUGCAAGGGAAAGUCAACAGUGCGGCUGAACAUCAGAAAUACAACCGUAGAUGUCUCUAAAUCAUUGAAGGACAUCUAUACAUCUUGCACUUUCUAUGUUUGGGCAUCGCUUGACAACACAGUGUCAUCAGAAGUUAAUAAAAGUAUUACACCAUAUGAAGACACAAUCAUAGGUCCACCCGUUAUAUCUCUGUCUGGCUGUGGAGACUGUCUGAACAUCACCAUCUCUCUACCCAUUGAGGGACCAAAGAUAACAGAACAAAUGCGUCAGUUUCAUAAUUCUAUGACCUUCAACAUAAGUUGGAAGAAAGCUGGACAGACUGAGGUCAGCCGUAUCUCUGUAUCGAGUAACCAGCAUGUCCUGCAGAAUCUUCAGCCUGGUGAUCAGUACUGUGUAAGAGUUCUUCCCCAAACCAGCUCCAACACCAACACUCGACCUUCUGAUUGGCAGUGUGAAUACACCAGUAAAGAGGAGCCCAGAGGAGCGUUAUAUUUAAUGAGUUGGUCACUGGGAGCAGCAGUGUCAGGUUUAUGUGUGCUGGUGUUGGCGUUGAGUCUGCUUUACACUGGGUCUCUAUGUAAGCUGAAGACCCCUCUUCCUGCAUCCCUGAGUAACAUGGUUCAAGCCCAGUAUCUGAUUCCUGAACAGACAAUAUAUGAGAGAGUGUCAUCAACUGAGGCUCAGUCAAAUAGUCCAUCUAAAAAGUAUCCCACCAGAAACAACCUACUGAAUGUGGAGGAAGAUUCAGAAAACCAGCAACAUGAGGAAAACUAUGUCAACAAGGCUGACACAGAGGACGAGGAAGACUCUGAUGAAGAGGAUGAAGGCAACUACAUGGGUUGUGUGAUUAAUAACAGUGGUUCAGAAACUAAUAAAAGCAAAGAGAAGGCUGUAGUUUCAACUUCGCCUCUCCAUAACAGUGCUGGGAUCUACCAUGCAAAGAAAGCAGCCAUGGAAGAAAUACUUGGGUGUAAAAAGGACUUUAUAUCAGAAGUGUUUGAAGAUAGAAACCGACAUCUUGAAGUCAAAAAUAAUUUAGAAUCAAAAGAGAAUGAAGAAGGUUCAGGGAACAUUAACUUGUUUUCAGUCACUUUGAGGGCUCUGGGACCACAGGAUGAUUUGGAUGAGGAAGAGGUGUGUAAACCUCUGCUACCCAAAACAGUCCUAGAUUUAUCUACAUCUCACACCUCUGUACUGGAAGAACAGACAGAAGAUAUCCUACUUGAGGAAAAAGAGAUGCACAGACAGCUUUGUGUACCCAUACAGACAGAAAUGACAUCAGAUGUGGAAGAGGAGGCAACAUCAGGAUAUAUGGUGACCCAUACAGGAAACAUGAAUGAACAAAAUAGGUCCAUGUCAGAAGAGACGGAUUGUGACGCAGACUAUUUAACACGGUAAAGACAAGAAUAUUCAUGUAAAGACUUUCAGAAUUUAAUGAACUUGCCUCAGGGUAUCAUAUAAUUAAGCUGAUAAUUGUUAUUACCAUUGCAUAAUUUACUGAAAGUCUGAUAUGAAAUGAUCAGAUUUAAAUGAAGAACAAAGAUGCAACAACAUGUUGGUGAUAAUACUGGUAAUACAUUGCAAGUCGAUAAGAAACAGAAGAUAAUAUGAUUUUAUUUUGUGAAGGGAUGUAGGUUUUUUAGAUUCAUGUGUAAAAUAAUCUAUUUUAAGAUGACAUGCUGGGAAUUUUCAUAGAGUGUAGUUUUACAGGUUUUUCAGGCAAGAACAUAGUGUUUAAUAUCAAAUUUGGUUUAUUUAUAAAGAUAGAGCCUAUUUUAAAAAAAAAAUUGCUGAAAAGUUUUCGGAAUUGUGAGGUCGGGCUGAUCACAGAGCACUCAUGAACCCGUCAACAACAGCCUUAUCUCGGCAAGUCCUUCUGACAUUCGCCGCUGACUCUGAUGUAUCUGCUGUGGUUAAACAUGAGAUAUAAUUCUUUUUGGAUACAACAGCCAAUCUUUGGUCUCAUCAAUCUAUUAUUUGUUCCUGGGAAAAUUAUUUUGACUGAGGUCAAAAUUAAGUUUUAUAAUUUUAUAUUUUAUUUAACUGAAAUGUCAUACAAGUGCCACUGCCUUUGUUGCCUACUUUUGACUGAAUUGUUUACAUGUAUAUUUUCUAUUGUACAAAUAUCUUAUAUAAUGGCUAUUUUUGUUCAUUAAAUAUUACUGUUUAAUAAAAAUAUUUUGUAUAAAUA